AUGUUAGAAAAAAGUUUUAAAAAUGAAGCAUUAGGACUUGAUUUAAAAUCUUAUAUAGACAAACAGCAAAAUAUUUGGUUUCGAGGAAAAGAUAUUGCUAAUAUUCUAGGUUAUAGUGAUACUAAUCAAGCAAUUAGAAAACAUGUUGAUAAUGAAGACCAAAAAAGCUGCCCCGUCGAAACGACGGGUCAGGUCAGAUGGUGUAUUUUUUUAAAUGAAUCUGGAUUUUAUUCCCUUGUUUUAUCCUCAAAAUUGGAAUCUGCAAAAAAGUUCAAAAAAUGGGUUAUUUCAAAAGUACUUCCAUCAAUAAGAAAAUAUGGAUAUUACAAACUUUUUGACAACCCAAAUAAUAAAAUGUUUAAGAUUGAAAAUGAGAUGGACCUCCACACAAAAGUUGUUGAAUUAAUUAGAAAUUUUUAUCCUGAUUCUAUAUUAGUACCAGGACUUGGUGAAAACCAAGAUACAUGA